AUGGAUUCCGUUCUGACAAUUCGGAACUUGUUCUUCGCUGGUGUUUCCUUUGUCAUCUUUUAUGCUUUCAGAAGUGUCCUUGAUAAUCGUCGCUUCAAGAAAUUUGCUCGGGAAAAUGGUUGUGAAGAUCCACCUUUAUUUAAAGACAAGCUCCCUUGGGGCAUCGACACCAUAUACAAACUUAUUACAUUCAAGGGCGACCUUCUGGACGACUGGGUCUGCAAACAAUAUUACGAAUUGGGCGCCACCUGGAAGGGAAAUGUUCUUUUCGGGGACCAAGUGAUCAACACAUCGGAUCCGCAAAACAUUCAAACCAUCCUCGGGGUUAAGUUCAAGGAUUUUGAAAUUGGUGAAAAGCGCCACCGUCCGAUAAGAUAUUUGAUUGGGAAUGGAAUCUUUACGUCCGACGGGCCAACUUGGAGUCAUGCCCGCGCCAUCAUGCGGCCACAAUUCAUGCGAGAGCAUAUCAGCAACCUUGAAGCCACGGAGAGACACAUGCAAAACUUAUUAAAGGCUAUCCCGGCAGAUCCCACGAGCGGAUGGUGCGACGAGAUUGAUCUGCAACCGCUCUUCUUCAGGCUGACCAUGGACAACGCAACAGAAUUUCUCUUCGGUACAAGUGUCGACUCGCAAUUGACUGCCAUGGCACCCGCUACUACCGGUGAUGCUCAGACAGUCCAGACCCGCGCCACACUCAUGGCAGCGGGCAAGUCUGGCGAAAAUUACAGUUUUGGUGAAGCAUUCACUACUGCCCAAGACUACAUCUCCUGGAGUUUCCGAUUUCAGCAGUUUUAUUGGCUCAUUCAUCUCUUUAGCACCAAAUACCGCAGGGCAUGCCAAUUCUGCCAUCGCUUUGCAGAUUACUUUAUCGAAGAGAAUUUUCGUCAACACAAAGAAAAGAAGCCGGAAAAAUCUAACAGUGGAGAAACAUAUGAAAAGUAUGUGCUUCUCGAAGCUUUGGCGGAGGAAACACAGAACCGGAAAGAGUUGCGCGAGCAUCUUCUCCAAAUCCUUCUUGCCGGGCGAGAUACCACCGCAUCCCUGCUCAGUUGGACCUUUCUACUUUUGUCCCGGCAUCCACAUGUCUGGGCGCGCCUGAGAAAGGAGAUCAUUCGGGAUUUUGGCGCAGGCAGCUCCGCCGACAAGGAACUUCUCACCUUCCACCGUCUCAAGUCUUGCACAUAUCUGCAGCACGUCUUAUAUGAGGCCUUACGUCUUUAUCCCGUCAUACCGGCAAAUCACCGCCGCGCGACCGCGGACACUGUUCUCCCCGUCGGCGGAGGGGCAGAUGGAACCAAGCCCGUAGCCGUGCGAAAGGGUCAGGUCGUUGCGUACUCGGUAUAUGCGAUGCACCGUCGUACAGAUAUAUGGGGUGAUGAUGCGGCCGAGUUCCGCCCCGAGCGAUGGCAAGGUCGGAAGUUGGACUGGUCCUUUUUGCCCUUUAAUGGAGGACCAAGAAUCUGUCUCGGACAACAAUUCGCUCUCACCUUAGCAUCCUAUGUUGUCGUCCGGAUUCUUCAACGUUUCGAUAAGAUUGAGCCUGUCGAUUCUUCGACCCCCAUUGAGAAGUUUCUCAGUUUGACCAUUUCGCCGGCGAACGGGGUUAAGGUGCGCUUGGGGCUUGCAGGAAGGAGUCAAUAG